GAUAAGCCCAAAAAGAAAAAUAAAAAUAAAACUUGCAGUUACCCAAAAGUGCCUUCACGCCGAACUCCACUCGCCGGAAACUCUGAAACCCGAAGUCUGACCUCCGUCCCGGCCUCCCGCCCGUUCCUCCGCCUUAGCCUGACAGCUUGCGGCGGUUUCUGGUUUAACUGGUUCAGGACUUGAGCUAGUUUAAAUUCACCCCGCUUUUCCCUGAGCUCAACGCUAUCACCGCCGGAAAACGCCUGAAAAGUCAGCAGCUCACAUUGGUCAUGGACGAAAGGAUUAACAGUCAAGCUCCUCAGCUAAUUGGGGUGUUGAAGGAUAUGAAAGAAGGUUUGGAUACAGUGAGGUCCAAGGUGCAAGCUUUGGCUUCAAAGGUGAAAGCAAACCAGUUUCCUACAUCAGACGGGAUAAGCUAUCUUGAAGCCAAACAUUUGUUACUUCUGAACUAUUGUCAGUCACUGGUCUAUUAUUUGCUUCGUAAGGCCAAAGGACUAUCAAUUGACGGACACCCAGUCGUUCGCAGUCUAGUAGAGAUAAGACUUUUUCUGGAGAAGAUUCGUCCCAUAGAUAAGAAGAUGCAAUAUCAAAUUCAGAAGCUCACUAGAGAAACUGAAAAUGCAGCUGAAAAGAAUCUUUCUACUAGCAACGGAUCAGAUCAAGUUCAGGGGGAUCUGUUGAAGUAUCGUCCCAAACCUGAGUUGCUGACUAGCAAAAGAACACUAGAAGACUCAGAUGGUAUUUAUAGACCUCCAAAGCUUGCUCCUGCCGUCAUGGAUGAAGGCAAGACAUCAAGACAAGAGAGAAAUGCCUUGAGAAAGGAGAAAGAGAUGCUUCGACAGUCUAAACAGAGCACUUAUGUGAAAGAGUUGAUGGAUGAUAUCGAGGGAAGACCCGAAGAGUGGAAAGAGAUGGUUGGAACUGAGAGUAGAGAAGUUAGACGGUAUAUAGAUAAGAUGGAAAAACGCGAUAAAGAGGAGGAGGAUCUUUUCACUCGCGCACCUAUCACAAAAUUGGAAAAGAAGCAAAUGAAACAUUUGAAGAAGUCACGAAACGGGCUGCUUGGUCUGACUGAGAGUUUUAAUGACGAGUUCUUAUCUUCGCCUUUCGAAGAAGGUGUUUCUGAUCCAUCCACAGACUUGGGAGGUAUGCAAAAAAAGCAGCAGAAGAAACGUAAGAGAAGGAAUUAAGGAGCUGAAAGAUAUUGGGCUUGCAGACUUCACUGGAGUGGUUUAAUGUCUCUUCAUUGGACUAUGCUCUCCAUCUUUCACCACACCUUUUUGCGGACAUUCACGGACACCCGUUACUGUUCAAUGUCUGUGAUAAAGAAGAUUGGGGUAUGACUUAUUGUCUAGGAUGAACAGAUUUGUUUUUAUAAUUCUCCAUAUGCUGUAAUGUUUUUCCCCGGUAAACCACCGCUCUUAUGGUUUCAUUAUGUUUAUGACCUGCCAAUAUAUUUUGUGCCUGUUUGGCAAUAGAGUUUAAGGGUUUAACUCUUUUGCAUUUUUGAAGAUGUAAUCUACUGAUAGUGUUAAUUUUAGCAUUUUCAAAGUUAAUUUACGCCAUUAAACAGUUAUUUGAUAC